AUGUCUUCCGAGACCCCUUGCCCAUUCCGCGUGUCUUUACGCGACCAGAUCGACUUGGAGCGUAAUGAAGCCUUCCGCGCCAUGCGGGAGCAGCUGCGCCGUCAGGAUUGCGGCAUGGAAAGCCCGACUUUCUGCUCUACCCACCGCCAUGAAUGCGACUCAGCCGACCAAGAAGCUUUCCGCCUGCAUCGCGACAUCAUUCAUACCCUCCUCGUGCCUCUGUUCCUGAUUAACCACCAGGCGGAACGAGUGGCCGCUCGCGCUUUACCCAACAAAAAAGGGGCCGAGCCAGAACGGGCGUUCCGCGGUGAGGCGCGCAGUGCAUUUGCCUGGCUCCACUGUAUUCUUAUCGAAGAGCACGACUGGUACCUUACUGCGCGAUGCCCGACCUGCAUCGUUCUGCAUGUCCUCCAUUCCGAGCCUACAAUUCGAUUCCUGACCGUGGCCGCUCAGCUCGCGGGAUCGCGCUCCGGCUUCAACUGCUGGCUCAGUGCGCUCGAGACCGCCGUUCGCGAGGAUCCAUUCUGGGGUGAUGCUUUCUGGCCUGACAUUGAAGAUCGCGCUUCUCGUUUGACCGACGGUGUUCAGCAGCUUGUUCGCCAAUGCCAUGAAUUGCGCACCAACUUGGAAACCCCCACCUAUGAGCCGCCUUCACUGGCGACAUCUCCCGUGUAUGAGCGCCCAGCCUGCAAAAUCGCUAUCAAGACCUCGAGCUUUGCCCGGAAACAGGUUAAGCUGAGCCGCGAGGAGCAGCGUUAUCGGUCUUCUCUUACCUGGAACGCGUGGAACUGCUCUCGGGAGAUGCGCCAGCCGCUUGGCAGCGGCUCGACUCAGUCUCGCCAGCGAUCCAUGACUUCGUGA